UUUGCCUGCAUAAACUGGCGUUACUGCAAUCAGCUGUCUUAGCUGUGCCAUAAACUGGAAAUGACAACUGGACAAGUGGGCACACAGAAGCGCAGCGGUACAAAUUGAAAAACAAAUUUCGGUCUUUCCUAAAUUAUCUAGAGGUGAAAAAGAUAUAGGUAUUCCUGGUGCUUGGUUACUUUUUCGCUCUCUGGAUAGAGUUCUGAUAAUUCGUUUAAGUGUGCGAAUGGAAAUGGGAGAAUCUGUUUCAAUGUUAAUGGAGGGAGAAUCCGGGACGAUAAAGGUGGAAGAGAUUACAAUAUUCGAUACUCAGUUGCAUGUUAUAAGAACUGAUCUACCGCUCACCAAGAAUGACGGACGCUCCUUCAGUGAGGCAACGGCAUCACCAUGUGGAUCAAGGGUAGUGGAAGGUGAUCCUGAAAUCAACAACACUAUCGAUAAAAUCGUUAAAGCAGAGAUGGCUGCAGCAGUGGACGGUGAAAUUGCCGAGCCUAGCUCAAGCAAGACUAAUGAAUUGGACACAAACUACGAUACGCAUCAAACAGAGAAAAAUAAACACAACACGCAACACAUCACGGAUCGCUCCUAUAAAUGCCUCAUUUGCGGGAAAGUGGUCGGGUUCAAGUCUUCUCUUGCAAGACAUAUGCGCCUCCACAGUGACGAGCGACGGUACAAAUGCGACAUCUGCGGUAAGGAAUGCAUAUCAGUAACUAAACUUAACGAGCACAAGAAGUAUCACACAGCCGGUGAGAACGAAUUGUUCAAAUGCGACUUUUGUGGGAAAGACUUCGUUUAUCGCUCUUCCCUAUUAAGCCAUAUGCUCACUCACAGUAACGAGCGACCACACAGAUGCGACAUCUGCGGAAAGGAUUACAAAUCAGCAUAUGAUCUGAAUAAACACAAGAAGUGUCACACAGCCCAUGAGGAUGAACUGCACAAGUGCGACAUUUGCGGGAAAAGUUUCGUGGAGCGUUUUGUACUUGUAAAACAUUUGAACACUCACAAUGAUGAGCGACGGUACAAGUGUGACAUCUGUGGCAAGAAUUACAAGGCAGAAACCGGUCUGAAUCUUCACAAAAAGUAUCACACAUCCCAUGAGGAUAAACUGCACAAAUGUGCCCUUUGCGGAAAAUGUUUCGUGCAACGCUGCAGUCUCGUAUUACAUUUGGACACUCACAGUGACGAGCGACGACACAAAUGCGAUAUUUGUGGCAAGGAUUACAAAACAAUAAUUCAUCUGAAUCGACAUAAAAAGUUUCACACAACUUAUGAGGAUGAAUUGCACAAAUGCGCCAUUUGCGGGAAAAGUUUCAUGCAUCGUUUUGUACUUGUAAAACAUUUGAACACUCACAGUGACGAACGACGGUACAAGUGUGACAUCUGCGGCAAGCAACAUAAAACAAAAGAAGGUCUCAACAAACACAGGAAAGCACAUAACGACGAACAAUCGUUCAAAUGUGAUGAAGAAAAGCGCCUCCACAGUGACGAGCGACCGUACAGAUGCGACAUCUGCGGCAAGAAAUCCAAAUCAGCAAGUUAUCUUAAUCAGCAUAAGAAAAAUCACACACUUGGUGAGGAUGAACUGUAUAGAUGCGACUUUUGUGGUAAAGGUUUCGUUUGUCAUUAUUUACUAUUGAAACACUUGUACGUUCACAGUGAGGAGCGACCGCACAGAUGCGACAUCUGCGGCAAGGAUUACAAAUCACCAGCUGGUCUGUAUCAACACCAGAAGUAUCACACAUCUCAUGAGGAUGAACUGCAUCAAUGCGCCAUUUGCGGGAAAGGUUUCGUGUUUCGUUACGCACUCGCAGCACAUGUGGAAACUCACAGUGAUGAGCGUCGGUACAAGUGCGACAUCUGCGGCAAGCAGUACAAGACAAAAGGUUUUCUAAACAAGCAUAGAAAAUCACAUAACGGUAAACAAACGUAACGAACGCGGCGGAAUGCUCAGUACAACAUUGGAAAAAUUCAGCUUGUAAAUGCAGUUGAAGCUUCGCGAGAAACGAACUUGAACAGAGGCGAGCAAUCAUUCAAGUGCGAUGAAUAUAAAAUUUUUAAAGUUGAUCAGCAGUAUAAAUUCAUGCAACAAAUGUAAAGAAACGUGAUAAUUUUCUGCAGUGUACCCAAUUCUAAAAUAGCAACAAACAGACUGAGUAUGGUGAGUUGAGUUCUGUGUGGUGAAAACUUUUUUGAGGAACUGGAAAUGACAACCAAACACACAAAAAAGACAGAAUAAGACGCUGCGGUACGUGCGGUACAAGAUAAAAAAAAAAAUUUCGAUCCGUCUUAAACGGUCUAGAGGUGAAACAGUUCUGUCGGUUGAUUGCUAGAGUUAAGAUAACUCGUGUAAGUGCUUUUGUGCGAAUGGAGUUGGGAGAAUCUG